UAGCAAAUAUUUCAGAUCUGAUCACUGUCGCCUCAACCUCGGCGAGCUCGGGUUUUACCUUACCCCCGUCCCCGCAAAAUUUCAGAUCCGCCCUGUUCUGGAGAUGGCGGAGAACAUGGAGGGCGUUGAAGCGACGACGACGACCGCGGCGAUGCUGGCGGAGGCGGGGAUGCCUGGCUUCGGGCCCGACGUCGGCUACGGGUUUAACUCGGAGAAGUUCUCCAACCUGAUGCUGGAGAUAGAGGUCCUCGCCGGCGGCAGAUCUGGCCCCGACUCGGUGAGCAACAACCAGGAGAAAGCUGAUAAAGGACAGGCAAUUGACUCUUCCUCAACAAGGGCAGUUUUAACAGUAAAGACCCUUUAUAUCAAUUCAUUGAUUCUUGCUGGAAGAAGUCCUUUCUUUCUAAAGCUUUUCACAAAUGGCAUGAAAGAAUCUAAUGAGACGCAUCCAAGAAUUAGUAUUGCUGAUUCAGAGGAAAAUGCCCUUAUGGAGCUUCUAAGAUUCAUGUAUAGUGGAAAGUUGACAACAAUUGAGCCCACUCUUCUGCUCGACAUCUUGAUGGCUGCCGAUAAAUUUGAGGUUCUUUCUUGCAUGAGUCACUGCAGUCAGUUGCUCACAAGCCUGCCUAUGACCACAGAUUCUGCAUUGCUAUACCUAGACCAUCCUUGCUCCUCUCUAAUUGCUGCUGAAGUUCAGAGUGUAGUACGUGUAGCCAAGGAAUUCCUUGCUGAUAAAUACAAGGAUUUUCAUAAGUUCGAAGCUGAAGUGCUGAACAUCUCUCUUGUUGGGAUUGAGGCCAUCUUUUCGAGUACUGACCUGAUGUUACUAUCUGAAGAUGAGGCAUAUUACUUCUUGCUCAAGUGGGUCCGUCGGCGAUACCCAGAAUUGGAGGAAAGACGGAAGAUCUGGAGUUGUCGUUUACUUCCGCUGGUACGCUUCAGUCAUAUGACGGGUCUGUCACUUCAGAGGAUCCUAGCAUGCACUGAUGAUGAUAUAGUCCAUGAGCAAGUAGCAAAACGUAUUGCUGAGGUACUUCUAUACAAAGCUUACCCAACACAGAUGGAAGGUACUCUUGCAGCAGAAGUAGCAACCCAUCACCAAUUUGCUGAGCGAACUUAUGAGUUGAAGGCCGUGAAAGUUGUUGCAUUCGAUCGACCCUGCCGACAGGUUACAGUUUACAUGGAUCUGAAGCGUGACGAGUGCUCCCAACUCUUCUCAACAGGAAAUAUAGCCUCGGACUGGUUUGGUCUUGGAGGGCAGAAAUACUGUCUCCUGCCACACUGUACAUUGGAUGAGCAAACUAACUUCUACACCUUUGGCCUCUGGAUAGUGACCAUUGGGGAGCCGACAGACUCUGUCUGUUUGACAGUAGAUAUUCAGAUUGCAGUAAGGACAAAGCCGCUAGGAAACUUUGUGAGCAUGUUAGAGUACAGGCACGAAUUUACAGGUGAUGAUUGGACGGCAGGAUGCAAUGAUCUUUUUGGAAUUCCAUGGUCGACGUUCAUUGAUGAUGACACCCUCUUCAUUGAUGAUGUGUUACACUUGGCGGCUAUUCUAACUCUUGUGGAGCAACCCGAGUUGCAGAUAUGAUGAUAUCUCAGUUGUAGUCUCAGAUUUUCUGGGCUCCUGAAUGAUGCAAGGAAUUGGUGGAUGUUCUUGCAAUGAAAGUUAACUAUAUGUGGCGCUGUGGAUUUCUGCUUCGUUGAGCUGCGUGCAGCUGCGGUCCGGAAGUUUGACCCCUCCCUGGGCAUGGCAUUGAACAGACUAGCUGAAUUGUGUGUUGUUGUUGGUCGGUUGUUAGUAACAUAUAUGUGUUUGUGUGCUUGACUUUGUAUGUUUUAUGUUUGUUGUAUCAUGCUGUUGAUGUGGUGAAACAUUGUCUGUGCUGGUCAUUCUCUUGUAGUGGAUUUGUUGGAUACAUGCUGGCUGUUGUAACUUGUAAGUGUGACAAAUUUCAAUGGGAUCUCAGUUAUAUACUUAUACUUUCGGA